UUGCAUGCGGUUGGUAAGUGUUACGAUUUCAAUUAUAAAAUGUAUAUUUAUUUACAAUUAUUAAUUGUCUUCUUAUUUUUGAAGGAUAUUUUUUAAAUCCUCAAUUCCAAUAUGGUGUUACCUCAUCCAAUGAAAUGAUAAGAGAAGUGAUGGAUGGACUUAAAAAAGUAAUUACCAGACUGGAGCCUAAUAUGGAUGCUCAAGUGAAAGCAACAAAUCAACUGAGUGGUGGAUUAUUCAUGGCAGUUGUGCUCCUGAACUUCAAAAAAUAACUGUGAAAACAUUAAGUCAAACCACUACAUCAUCUCACUGUGAACGUAAUUGGAGUACUUUUAGUCUCAUCCAUACAAAGACGAGGAAUAGAUUGAAAUAUAAGAAAACUCAAAGAUUAGUCUUCAUCACCUACAACAUGAUAUUAAAAUUGAGACACGUUAAAAGAAGCAGCCAAGAAGAGAUUGAUAGGAGUUUUAAUCCUAUUAACUUGGAUUACAUAUUUGAAGAAGAUGAUCCAAUAAGUCCAUGGAUAGAAGAAAGAGAAAAUCAUUUACUAGAUGGUGUGGAUAAUUCUAAAUGGCUAGAUUUGGUCUCAGCUGAUGAUGGUGGUGGCGAUGGCAGCGAUGGAAACAAUGGUGGUGGCACUCAUAAAUAUCAAGCUCAACGCACUUCUCAAAACUAAACUUCUACUCCAACUCAAAGUGAUAAUAGUGGUGGUUUAACACCAUCUAAUGGAGGAGGUGAUGAUGGUGAUGGUGAAGGCACUUCUCACGGUGACGGUGGUGGUGGUGGCGGCGGCAACAAUGGUGGUGAUGGCGGUGAUGGUACUAGUUUUGGUGCAGGAAGUGAAGAUUUUAUUAGAGGAUUUGGAUUAUGUGAUGUUGGGGGACACUAUGAUAUUGGAGAACCUGUUGCACCUUUACCCCCAACUACCUAGGAGGUUUUAUGGUAGUGAUACACGUAGGGAUAAAAGAAGAAUAAGAAGUAGAGAACAACAGCUUGAUUCAGCUGAUAGUAGUCAUAGUUAUCCAUAUCACCCUUACCCAUCCUAUAACAGUGAUAGCCAGAGCUAUCCUUACCCACCUCAACAAAAUUAUCCUUGGCCCCUUCAACAACAUGGUCCUCUAGGAUACGGUUUGCCAAAUUAUCAACAAGCCCAAGAAGAGUAUGUUAAUCCUUUUCAGCCAAGGUAUCCAUUUUCUCUCCCAAUGCACGAAACAGAAAAGGAUGACAUGAUGAGCACAUUUACUUAUAUAUUUUUCUACUGGAUGGGUUGAAGGUGGUAUCAAUCAAGCUCAACAAUCUGAUUCCCAAGAUGCACCACAUCACUCAUUUUGGUGGGGUGAAGGUAGCAGCAACAAUGAAGCUCAACAAUCUGAAUCCCAAGAUGCACCACGUUACUCAUUUUGGUGGUGAUAUUAUGUA